UGCCCGCGGAUCCCGCAGCCCCGGGCCGGGCGGGCGCGGCUCGCCGUGCUCCUGCUGCUGGCGCUCUGCGCCGGGGCUCUGCUCCUCGCCGGGCAGCCCCUCGUGCCCACCGCCCGCAGCCUCGCCUUCCACUUCGCCACCCUGCAGAUCGGGGCGCUGCUCAAGGGCACCUGCUACCUGGCCGAGGAGAUCUUCCACCUGGAGUCCAGGCACCACAGCAGCUUCUGGAGGGCCCUGAGCACCUGCUUCCCCCCCUGCUGGCAUGGGCCCCUGCUGCUCGUCUGUGCCUCAGCCUACAUGGCUCUCAGUGAUGGACAGCCACUUGGCCUCCACCUCAUCCUGGCCAGCCUGUGCCAGCUCCUCAUCCUUGCCCUGGGGCUCCAGAAGCCCUCAGCAGUGGAGAUAUCUGAGAUGUCCGAGAGGUCCAAGCAGAACGUUGCUCAUGGGCUUGCCUGGUCCUAUUAUGUUGGGUACCUAAAAAUAGUCCUGCCACGGUUUAAAAAGUCCAUGGAGGAAUUCAGCAGAGCCAAUCCCAACCUGCUGGCGUGCAGGAAGACCUGGAAGCUCCACAUCUUGGUCCCUCUGAACUGUGCUGUCUAUGAUGACCUGGAGAAAGCUGACAGCAACAUCCAGUAUGUGACAGACCUCACUGAAACCACCCUGGCCCGAGCUGGCACCAAAAAGAGGGUCUACAAACACAGCCUCUAUGCAAUCAAGGAUGAAGAACAACAGCCCUGGCACUGUGCUGUGGAAUAUGCCACCCCACUGCAGUCCCUCUACGCCAUGUCCCAGGAUGAGUGUGCUGCCUUCAGCCGGGAGGAGCGCCUGGAGCAGGCCAAGCUUUUCUACAGGACCUUGGAGGAGAUCCUGAAAGGCUCCAAGGAGUGUGCAGAUGCCUACCAGCUCAUUGCCUACGAGGAGCCAGAAGAAGCAGAGAGACACUUUUUGUCCAGAGAGAUCGUGUGGCACUUGCAGCAGGAGCACCACGAGGAGAUUGCCGUGCUUGAGGGGAGCCACCCACACACCCCAUCCACAGCCCUGGACUCAGCAGAGCUCAACCUGCAGAUCAGCGUGUCAGACCUGCCACAGCCACUGCGCACUGACGGCUUCUGACACACAGCCCCUCACCGCCCCGUGGGGCUCAGGUCACCUUUCCCCAAACCCCUUCCUCUUGGAGCAUGUGCUAGCCAUGGCUGCAACCCCCAGCUCCCACCCAAACCUCCUGUGCACCACGGUUACUGGAGCAGCUGACUCAGCCCACAGCCCUGUGACAUGCUUCCCAUUUUCUUUGUUAUGUGCAGCUCAUGUGUUCUUCUGUGGGUGUAUUUUUUUUUAUCAGC